AUGAAUAGGAAUUCACACAAAAAUAGUGCACUUUUAGAAACAAUAUGGUCCAACGCAUACCUGGAGUGCAGUGUCGACGCCAACCCCACCACUGAUACCACAAUCCAAUGGCGGCGUAAAGUCCGCAACGAAUCGGACAGUUCUGUCGUCUCUCAAGAGAUCGAUUCCAUGCGAAUGCGGACAACCGUUGAGACCAUUGACAGCUCCGGCGUUAGUGGACAGACGGGUUCCGUAUUGAAGAGCACUCUUGUCAUAUACAACACGAGUUUGGAAGACUCGGGCCAACAGUUUGAAUGUGUGGCCAACAAUGGUGUGGGAGAUGGGGACACAGCCGUCGCUACUCUACUUGUUUUGCAUAAACCAAUAAUAGACAGAUCGCCCAUUAUAUCCAAGUCGGCCACUGAUAACGGAUCCAAUGGCAGACUAUAUUGCAGAGCACAGGCAGCUCCUAAUGUGACUUUCACGUGGACUCGCGAGGGACAGAUACUCCAGACAUUAACCAAAGCUGUGGGCGCUGUGUCUGCAGACGCCGACAAACUGAAGAAAGGGUCGGAUGUAUCAGAAAAGGACAUCAAAUACGUGAUUGAAUCGACCCAACAGUUGGAUUUAGUGACCUUCCAGAGCGUUCUGGUCAUUAUGGACGUCCAGAGUCAAGAUUAUGGUGCCUACCAGUGCUUAGCGCGCAAUGAUCUCGGUUUUGACGCCAUUACCAUCCAAUUGAACCGAACGUCAAAACCUGAUCCACCGCUGGCUUUACGAGUGAUUAACAUAACUGAGUCGGUAGUACAGCUCCGGUGGAUACCCGGCUUUGAUGGUGGUUUGGGUCAGGAGUUUAGGCUCCGAUACCGGCCCACAUUGAGUACCGAUCCGUCCUAUUCGUAUAGAGAUGUAUUCCCAUCCAAUUCCACACAAAUACUAAUGACUGGUCUGAAUGAGGACACGGAGUAUAUAUUUGGCGUUCAGGCCCUGAACUCUUUGGGUCACUCGGACUUCACCAGUGAUGUCGUCAAAGCUAAGACUCUUAAAGAAACUCCAGUCACGGAAACCGAGAAAAUAAUAUCGAAAAUCAUGAACGAAAGGGCCGGAGAUUUGCCGAAACUUAUUCUUAUCGUAUCACUUGUGGGUAGUUCUCUACUCCUAUUCAAUAUCGUUUUAGUCGUUUGUUUUGUGCGAAAGCGAAGGAGAAAGCGUUAUGAAGAGGAGAGCGACGGAACAGAUAGUAAGACAACCGGCAGUUCAAAGACAACGAUGGAGAUGUACCAGUCCUCCAACAGCACCGGCUAUCACAAGGAGCACAAUGAGACCUCUUUGAGCGAAGAGGACGACGAGAAUAAGAGCCAAACUCACGAUAAUUAUUCAGGAAAUACUGAUUACGAAAUGGAAAUCAGUCCGUCAGGAGUAGUGACAACCCAUUCGCACGGAAUCAGCACUUAUUUGAUUGACGACGCGAUAGCGCCCUCUCAGCACUACCCGAGCACUCGGUUCACAAGUCUUGUGAGUCCUGUGGGCCCCGACCUCACGACAAACACCUACUUCAUUGACCGCCAGAGCGAUGAAUACGCGUCCGCCUUAAGAAAGAAUGCAUACAAUCAACAGCUGGCGGUCAACAGCACCGGCAGUAUCUCUCCGUCACCGCUGCCGUCGCUGCAGCCCUUGACUAUUAGUCUGUCCAACAGUCAGUCCCCUAUAAAUCAUGUCAAUUAUAUGGGCCCUCGUAUUGGCGAUCACUUAUCACAGCCUCAAUCGGUAUGUAUUCCUCAUAAUUACUUCAAACACUAA